AUGGAGGGUGCUCUCGUGAGUGCGGCAACGGGGGCUUUGAAACCGGUUGUGGAGAAGCUGUUCGCUCUGCUUGGUCAUGAGUACAAGCAGUUCAAGGAGGUGCAUGACCAGAUCAGGUUCCUCACCAACGAGCUCACCACCAUGCACGCCUUCGUCCUGAAGAUGUCGGAGGAGGAGGAGGGGGGUCAUGAUGUGCUUGACAAGGCGUGGAUGAAGGAGGCUCGGGAGCUAUCAUACGACAUGGAGGAGUCCAUCGAUGAGUUCAUGCUGCGUGUCGAUGAAAAAAAUGCUAGGCCAGAUGGGUUCAUCAACAAAAUCAAGCACUCAUUGGCGAAGUUGGGGAAGAUGAAGACUCGCCGCCGGAUCGGAAAAGAGAUCGAAGAUCAGAAGAAGCAAAUCAUUCAGGUGGGCGAUAGGAAUUCAAGGUACAGGACAGGAGGUGUCAUCUCCAAGAUGAACAAUCUGACUAUCGACCCUAGAGCACUUGCUAUCUUUGAGCAUGCCUCCAAACUGGUUGGAAUUGCAGAACCCAAGGCUGAUAUAAUUAAAAUGUUGACCCAAGAUGAAACAUGUGGAUCAACGCCACAACAUCUGAAGGUGGUCUCCAUCGUUGGAUUUGGAGGAAUAGGCAAAACAACCCUCGCCAAUCAAGUAUAUCAAGAGCUCAAGGCGCAAUUCCAGUGCGGCGCUUUCAUAUCCGUGUCUCGGACUCCAGACAUGAUGAGUAUUCUGAGAACUAUUCUUAGUGAUGUCAGCAAUCAAAAGUAUGUAGACACUGAAGCAGGGAGCAUCCAACAUUUGAUUAGCAAGGUUCAUGAUUUCCUAACAGACAAAAGGUAUUUUAUCGUAGUUGAUGAUAUAUGGAGCGUGGCAGCAUGGGAAAUCAUUAAGUAUGCAUUCCCCAUGAUGAGUGGAGGCAGCAGAAUAAUCACCACUUCCCGUGUUAAAGAUGUUGCUCAUUCAUGUUGCUCAUCAUUCAGUGGUUGUGUCUAUAAUAUAAGACCUCUUGAUAUGGUGCACUCAAGACAAUUGUUCCAUAGAAGACUAUUCAAAUCCGAAGAAGAUUUCCCUUCACACCUCAAAGAUGUUUCAGAUGAAAUAUUGAAAAAGUGUGAUGGAUUACCUUUGGCAAUCAUUGCAAUAUCUGGUUUACUGGCUAACAGAGAAAAUACAAAAGAUGAAUGGGAUCAAGUGAAAGUUUCAAUAGGUUGUGCACUUGAAAGAAAUCCUAGUGUUGAAGGCAUGAUGAAGAUAAUAUCACUUAGUUACUUUGAUCUUCCUGCUCAUCUCAAAACUUGUUUACUGUAUUUGAGUAUAUUUCCUGAAGAUGCUAUUAUUCAGAAGAGGAGCCUGAUAUGGAGCUGGAUUGCCGAAGGAUUCAUUUAUAAUGAGGGCAGAUAUACAUUGUACGAGUUGGGAGAGAAGUGUUUCAAUGAGCUUGUCAACCGAAGCCUAAUUCAACCUGAGAAGACAGACUUUGAUGUGGUCAAGAGUUGUCGAGUUCACGACACCAUCCUUGAUUUCAUUAUAUCAAAGUCAAUUGAAGAGAACUUUGUUACUUUAGUUAGUAUUCCCGAUACAACUAUUGGGACACAAAGCAAAGUUCGUCGGCUUUCUAUGCAAGUCGACAAUCAUGAGAAUUCAUUUGUGCCAGAGAAGCUAGUCUUGUAUCAUGUCCGGUCAUUUUAUGUGUUCAGGCAUUUAGGGGAAAUCCCUUCUCUGGAUCGAUUCAGGCAUUUGCGUGUUCUGAACUUUGAAUAUUGUCACGGCAUAGAGAAUCGCCAUAUUGAAGAUAUAGAGAGGCUAUUACAAUUGAGAUACCUAAACCUAAGAGGGACAAGAGUUAGUGAGCUCCCACAACGAAUUGGAGAUUUGUGGUGCUUAGAGAUGCUGGACCUAAGAGGCACCAGUGUACGUGAAUUACCAGCCUCCGUUGUCAAUCUCAAAAAAUUGGUGCAUCUACUUGUUAAUUUUACUGUUAAAUUUCCUGAUGGAAUUGCAAAGAUGCAAGCCCUGGAGAGUUAUAUGAAUGUCAAGGUCCCCCGGUAUCCAAUUAAUUUCCUGCAAAAACUUGACCAGCUAAAGAAUUUGAAGAAAUUGCGCCUUGAUUUCGAAGAUGUUUCCAACACGAGAGAUGAAAAUGGAGUUACAGAGGAGUACGUGAAAGCAAAUGUAUCUCCUCUACAGAACCUUGAUGGUCUUCACAUUUGGAAGAAUAUCAAAACACUCCAUGUUAUGGGUUCAACCAUCACAAGGAUUCCGAACUCAGUGGGCUCCCUACUCAACCUCCGGUCAGUAUUUCUUCGGAUGGAUCUAGUCGGGAAGAAAGACCUCUGCAUUCUUGGUGGAUUACCUUUGCUGCUCAAGCUAGGUCUAUCAAUUGGAAAGUGUGAAGGUAGCCAUAAUAUCAGAGUCAUAGUCAGUGGUGCACAAGGGUUUUCAUGCUUAAGGAGUUUUUGUUAUGACAUAUCGGGUGCCGAGAUGGAUUUUAUGUUUACAGCAGGAUCCAUGCCGAAGCUAGAAGUAUUAAUAACUUAUUUCGAUAUAGUUAAAAUAGAGGCUUUCACUCCUGGCGAUUUUGAUUUCGGAAUUGAAAACCUCACCUGCCUCACUACAAUCAAAUGUGGAGUAUUUGCCCGUAAGAGUGAGACUGAUGACACGACAAAGGCUGCUAUGGAGAGAAAUGUGAGAGCACACCCUAACCAGCCUAGCCAGUCAUUUGAUUAUUCUUAA